AUGCCUAAGAGGCAGAAAUACGCCUUGAUGGCUGUUUUUGCGCUUGGUGGUUUCACGUGCCUCAUCUCCAUACUCCGGCUGCAAUCACUGGUGGUCGUCUCGCGAUCCGACGAUAUUAGCUGGGAAAACCCCCUCGCCGCCAUCUGGAGCAGUACUGAGCUCAACGUGGGGAUUAUCUGUUCCUGCCUUCCGACUUUGAAAGGCUGCAUCUCUCGGGUCUUCCCUCGGCUCUUUUCGUCGACAAACGCUGGCCCGUCCUCGGGUCGAGAUGUGCAGCAAAGAGGAGACGAGGGUGGGUUUGGUGGGCGCAAAGGCAUCACUUAUAUCCGCACCUACGACGUGCAGACUGGUGACGGCUCGAGCCACCAGAUGCCGGAGCACAUGGCUGGCUGGCGACCGGACGUGGGUCCGACCCGAGCGGGUGAGCAUAUUAGACCUGGGCGGCACAGCCCGCUUACGGAAGAAGUGGAUGCUAUUGAGCUGACAUCUUCGCAAUCCGUGUCGCAACUAGUCUGA